CAUCUGAUGCUCAUUCAUCCUCCUCCUCCAGCAAGACCUCAUUGAGAACGCCACGAUAACGGACAACCAUUGUUGUUUCAUCGCUCUCCUCCAUUAAUUCAUCUUCUGUUGUUCACCUUUGGAUGUGUAAAUGGUGGUGUUUCUUCAACGGUUACCGCCACAUUUAGCCAUAUUGUUUCCGUUUCUGAAGUGCAGUUCAUAGGCUACUGUUCGCGUGUUUGGAAUAAAAUAACGCACACACCGAAACUGAGGAAAUAAAGGUUGACACUGAAGCAGCGAUAAAUUCAAAUCUGGAGAUUUUGACGGAUAUCUACAAAAGGAUUUGUACAGCACUGGACUGGCUCUCAGUGCACGUUCUCCUCCUCUGCCCAACCCCAGUGCCCCCUCACACUGCUAUGCCCCUCACCCUAUCCUCUCAGCACAUCCAGAGGAAGGACUGCCUGUCCCUGUAGGAAUGCCUGUUCGGGCCUGGCACCUGCCUCUGCUAGCGGCUGCUCCCAUACCUUUCACCAUUCCACCCCCCACCAGCUCUCACCAGCAGGCUGCUCAUCAUGAACGAUGAGGUCAUCAGCACUAAUGCACUGGCCUGGCUGGUCUGCUCGGGAGUGUCCAUCCUGGCCAAUGCCUGGGGAAUCCUGAGCGUGAGCGCCAAGCAGAAGAAGUGGAAGCCACUGGAAUUCCUCAUCUGCACACUGGCUGGCACGCACAUUCUUAACAUGGGCAUCCCCAUCACCAUGUACUGUGUCAUACAGCUGCGCCGACAACACUCCAACUAUGAGUGGAAUGAAGGACUCUGCAAGGUCUUUGUCUCCACUUUCUAUACCCUUACCCUGGUCACCUGUUUCUCAGUCACCUCCCUGUCCUACCACCGCAUGUGGAUGGUCCGCUGGCCGGUCAACUAUAGGUUGAGUAACACCAAAAAGCAGGCUGUCCAUACCGUCAUGGGCAUCUGGAUGGUGUCAUUCAUUCUGUCCACCUUGCCUGCUGUGGGCUGGCAUGAUACCACAGAACGCUUUUACACCCACGACAACUGUCGCUUCAUUGUGACAGAGAUUGGCUUGGGCUUUGGCGUCUGCUUCCUCUUGCUGAUCAGCGGGAGUGUGGUGAUGGGCGUCAUCUGUAUUGGAAUUGCCCUCUUCCAGACCUUUUCCAUCCAGAUGGGCCAAAACAUGGACAAAAACAAAUUUAAUGUUCCCACCAUCGUAGUGGAGGAUGCUCAGGGCAAAAGGCGUUCAUCCAUUGAUGGGUCAGAGCCCAUUAAGACAUCGCUGCAGAUCACCUAUCUGAUCAGUGGAAUAGUCUUCAUAUAUGAUUUUCUAACUGGAUUCCCCAUAUUGGUGGUGAGCUUUGCCAGCCUGAAAUUUGACCGCUCUUACAGCUGGAUGGUCCUAUGUGUGCUCUGGUGCUCAAUAGCACAAUCAAUCCUCCUUCCCAUGUUCUUGUGGGCUUGUGACCGCUACAGGGCAGACGUCAAGAUGGUCUGGGAGAAAUGUGUGGCCAUCAUGUCCAACGAUGAAGUGGAUGAAGAAAACAGCCAGGAUGGAGGCAUUCAUCCGGACUUAAUAUUUGACAGACCAUUUGACUAUAGCUCCGCUGGUGAUAUCAUGACGGUAGACCGUAUUGCCAAAUACGAAUUCUCAACCUUAGAAAGGGGGGGCCCCCAGGGUUAUCCAUUGAGGGAGCUUCAGGAAGAUAAAAUGCACUAUUUGCAGGUGCCCCCUACAAGAAGAUACUCCCACGACGAAACCGACAUGUGGACCACCGGUCAGAUCCCGUCUUACCUACAUCGCUGGGGCUCCACAGAGGACAUCAUUGGCAUCCCGCAAUGCAGCUUGCCACGCCACGAGAGACGUCGGAGCAGCCCGGCACCCUACCACGAGGAGAGCCACCCUCACCGCAAAAGGAGGCGAUCAGAGGACAUGCAUUCACUCAAGCAGAUUCCACGAGUCGAGCGUUAUGAGGACGAUUUCAAGUGCUUUAGCCGCGACGAAGUGAUUAAGUUCAUCGACGAGACACCUCUGGCUAGUCCAAUGAGGAGCCCGCGCCGAGCCUCUGCGAUCUCUCUUGUCCCAGAGACGUUCGAGCAGCACAUCGUCUUGUUGCCGCAUUUCCCGCUCACACACUUUGAGCGCGAGCCUCAAGCGUUGAGACGCUGCUCCGACCAUGGCAAAGGAGCCACACUAACUGAGAUCCCUCAGGAUACGCCAAGAAAGACGAAGGACGGUAGCGAUGGCAGGAGUGCAACUGGCGAAGGCUCAGGCAUUAAGGGAUGCAUUGAGCAUAGGCGUGAUGCCAAGCGUGCAUCAGAGCUGAUUCUGUUGGGCCAGGGUGGACGGACAGGUGAUCAGUCUUCUUCAAGUAUUAGGACACGACAGGUAGAUGCAUCUGCUUGGGUGGAACAGAAACACCUGUCUAAAGGUGAAAGCAAAGGAAGCACAAAUAGUUUUAUAAGUUCACAAUCUGCAUCGUCAGGCUAUAUCACUUUUCACUCUGAAUCCAUAGGAUCCACAAACUAAGGAACAGUUUUAUUAGUAUUAUAAAAUAGUCCCUAAUAUGCUUAUUAGUAUUAAAGCUUUGACUAAGUGGAAUGUUUUUGUUAUCUAGGAACAAGGCUUUUUGAGAUGUGGUUGAUUCAAAAUGGCAUAGGGACAGCAUUGGUUGGUUGUUACUGAUACAGGGCUGGAUAAUGGGCUUGGCCAGUAGGGCCAGUUCGCCUCCAAGCCAAGAGAAGAUGAACAAGCGGUUAAGAGUCCUGAGCUCAGCACUUGAAGUGUGAGAUGAUCACAAGGCCUUCUACUCAUAGAUGUGAGCUUUUUACUGAGGCCCAUACCAUAUAAGACAGUUUUCAGCUUUUAUGUUUCAAUGAUAAUUUAGUGUUCUGGUCAAAAUACUGCCUUUCUUGACUAAGGAAUAAGGGCCUGUUCCAUCACUUUGUGUAGGUCUAUAUAGGGUAGGCCUGGGAGUUCAUGCUUUAUUCAGAUACUUUUUACAUUUUUUUUAUAUUCAUGUCUAAAGAUCCAUAGAUGCAUAUUAUGUUUAGCCAUCUAAUAUUAGCCAAACAAAACAUAUGUUUCCUUAUUUUUUUGGCCAAAUUGCCCUUGUCUGUUAUUACAUAGGGGAAGAGGUGAAUUCAAAGACGUGAGCCCAAUAGACCAUGAUCCAGAUAAUUCUCUAGCGAUAUAGCAUUAUAGGCUAUUGCUUUUGAGGGGAUUGAUAUAUCAGUAAACAGUUUGCAGAUUUCUGAUUUCAGAUUUUAUUCCCUGCAUUUAAUGAAACCUCAAAGGUCAACUUGGUUGUGGAAAAGGUUAGCAGUAAGUUAUAUAGUGUUUCUUUACAACACUUUAGCUCACAGAGCUUUUAGCUGACUCUUUAACUGUGUUUUUGUUGUUUCUGGUGGUGUGGCAUGUUUUUAAUAUUUUAGUUUUUAAUAUUUAAGUAAGGAAAAAAAAAUAUUUUGUUAUAUCAUUUGAAUUAUCAAUUAUCAUAUUUUUGAAGCACAAGGUUCUCUUUGUAGAUCCAGACAUGCUUGCCAAUAGCCUAAAAAUGUUUCAUUUCACAGAUAUGUUUUAAUAAGUUUGUGUUAAGUGCUUUGUGAUGAUUGAAAAUGUAUAUCCGAUGCAUUGUUAUUCUCAUGAUUACAGUCUUAUUUGUCUGGUAGCCCGUAACAAAGUAUGAUAUAAAAAGUGACACUAUUUAAAAAAACCCAUAACCUGCACCGACAUGCAUCGACAUGCACUUUUUACAAAACAAGUGACAUAAUCUUACCAUAUGGAGAAAAGGACUUUUUGAAAGCUGGUGUUAUUUGAUUUGUUAUACUGUAGUAGACAUAACCACUAAAUCAGAAUUGGAUAUUUGUUGUAUUUUAUGUUGUAUAUGACCACAUUUUCUACACUUGUCAAAAGAUUUCAGCUUUUUAAAUGAUUUGUUUUUGUUAAUUUAUAUAAAAAAUUGAUUGCUUGCUGCCAGCAUGCACUUUUGUACGUUUCAUACAGCCAGAUAUUGGUGUUGAAAUAUCAAAUGGUGCUGGAUACCUUGGCAGCUUCAUGUGGGAUCCACUAGGACGUUCUUAAAAUGUCAUGUGGGAAACUGCAGAUUGCCCCUUAUAGUCUAAUAUACAUUAAGGGCAUCAAUAAGUCUUCCUCCUCCUAUACUCAGGAUGGCUUUACAAUACCCCCCCCCAAAUUAAUCCACAUUUGCUUUUGACAACAUCAUUGGGAUGACUUUAAAAUGAAUGUGUCUAAAGAAUUGCUACCUGGUGGAAAAUAUACAUUGACUAAAAUCAAGACUUGUUUUAUAUAACCGUUACAUAUGAUAUAUUUUACAGUUAUCUAGCAUAUGUAGCACUGAAACCUAAACAUGCCAUAGAUUUGAGCCUACAUUUAUGGUGAGAAUGAUUACUAUUGCCGUAGCACAGUGGGUAUUUUUAAAUAAUUUUGAAUAUGAAUGCAAACAGACUUGUUCAGUUUCAAUAAUAUAAUGAAACUUUAAAGCUACUUCAAAGGUUACAAGGCUGGUGUUGUGUCCAUGCAUUGAGUGUUAAACUCUCUUAAUCGAACAGAUUUAAACAUUUGUAUCUCCACCUAUAGCAAAGUGUUUUUGAUUACUGAUGUUUUGUUGUUGAAAUAAUCUCUCUCUCUCUCUCUCUCACUCUCUCUCUCUCUCUCUCUCAAUUCAGUUCAAUUCAAUUCAGUUCACUUAGCUUUACUGACAUGACUGCGUAGAAUAGCACAAUGUUGCAAAGCAUUAAAGGCACAGUAUGUAACUUUUGCUGCUAGAAGUCGCUUAUUCAAAUUAAUAACGUUGCUGUUUAUAUUAUGCUUUAAUGCCGCAGUCGGCCGCUGCCGCUCCUUUCGUUUUAUUGUUUAUGCAUAUUUUAUGAUUAAAAUUUCGAUUGAAGUUGCGUUUAACAUUCGCCUCCUCUUAACUUGAACUUUCUUACAGUUAUGUUAGAUCACUUAAAUUCACAUUAUUUUAUUUCAUUCUAAUGAAACAGCUGCAAGUGAUGAAUUACUUCUCAUACAGGUCACUUUAUUUGACAAAUUAAAAUUGUGGGGUAAUGCAGCACUGUUUUACUUAGUCAAAAUAAUCAUACUAAACAUAAAUUUGAGUGUGUUGAAAGUUAAUGUUACUCUGUGCGUUUGUUCAGUGGCCGGUGUGAGACAGUUGUUGCACACUGCAGUAAGCUAGAUCGAUAUUAAAAUAUAUUAAUAAAAGAUGGAUGACUUGAGUUGCUAAAUGACAUGCAAUUAAUUUCAAAACAUUGUAUGGUGGAGAAAAUGCUGUAUUACUGUUACUACAAAUAAAUCUCUUUCUGAUUAUGCAAAGUUAGUUACUUGACAAAAUAGUGUUGUCUGAUUUACUUUUUGGGUACAAACAUGUUACUUGCAGUAAAUCAAGGAAAAGACAUUCAAACAAUAAGACUAACCAUGUUGAGCUAACAAAUGAUUAGUUUUCUGUCAAUAAAGGUAUCCAAACAGUGGCUCACCUGUUUAAUAAAACACUUAGGGCUGGUUUCACAGACAGGGCUUAGAUUACGCCAGGAUUAGGCCUUGGUUCAAUUAAGACAUUUAAGUAGCUUUUAUAAAUAUGCCUUAGAAAAAAAACAUUACUGGUGUGCAAAACAAUGGCUCUGACAUAUUUUAAGAUAUGUCAGUGCAAGUUGCUUUCAGUUAAAAUAGCUCAAACAUGUAUUUUAGUCCUGGACUAUGCUUAAGCCUUGUCUGUGAAACCGGGGGAUAAUAUAUUCAAGCGUAUUUUGUUUCUACGGAAGUCGAGGGUAAUGCGGAUCUGACGUUAUUGACAGGCAACGCAAUGACAUGGAACGUUACACUGGUCAAAAUAGCUGAUUUCUCUGGAUUGAAAUAUUGGAAACAAUUGGGAUAAUGCAAGUACAAAGUCAACAAAAUAUAUAACAUUUUUCUAGUGGUAUCCAAUUUAAUCUAAAAAUCUUACAUAUUGUGCCUUUAAGUACUAAAUAUAUUACACACAUAUAUAAAUAAAUGAAUAAAUAAUUACAUGUAAGCAAAAAAAAUAAAUAAAUAAAUAAAUAAAUAAAUACACAGAGCAGUGAAAAAAAGUAAAAUUAGGCUCAGCUUAUAUGAUAACAGGAGAACAGAUUGCUCUGCCAGUUGGACACACUCUUAAUUUUCUCCCAAACAUAUGAACGUUUGUCAAAAUGACUUGUUCACUGGAAAUCAGAUAGAAUUCAAGCUAUCUGAGUAAAGUAAGUGUCUCCAAUGGUCUUAUAUUUGCUGCACUCCAUGAAGAAGUGCAACUCGUCCUUGACUCCAUCAGUGCAGUGUGAACACAGACUGUGCUCUCCAGGUCUCCAGCUCUGCUUGUGUUGGCCCAUCUCUACAAACAGACUGUGCUCACUCACAUGAUACUCCAUCAGCAGCUUUAUCUGAUGAUAGUCUUUAAAAUUCAUUAGGUAUAGUGCUAAUUUAUGGUUUUAACAAUUUUCUUAUGCUAUAAUAAGACCUGUUUGUUGAUCAGAUAUUUUAUUGCCCCAUCAAAUUGUCCAGAGGCUGAGAUUGUCAGACCCAAACACAUUUGACAUGAUUAAGAAUUGUUCCACAAGUGUAAAAACUUAUUUUUUUCAAAAUAUAAUUUAAUUUCAAAUAGCAUGUAGAUGUUACUUUAUAGGUAAGACCAGGGCUAAUUUUCAUAUUUUUUUACACCAGUGAAUAUUUUUCAGGUUAGGUUUCUUUUUUAAAGUCAAUCUGUAUUCAAAAUAUAUAAUAAACUAAUGACUGAUUAAAACAGGAUCAUCCUCUAGUAUCUCCAUGCUGAGUUUAAGAUGUUGUCAUGCAAGAUGAAAUAAACUGACUUCAUUUCA